CACCGCGCGCUCCGGUCUGGCACGGCUCGGCACGCUGCGAGCGCCCCGGGUCCCAGGCUGCCGUGCCAGUCCGCACCGGGGCUCGGCUGCGCGCGGGGCUCCCCAGCGUGGCUGCAGCGCUGUCGCCAAGAGGAAUGCCGAAGCGAGGGGGCUAAUGAGCACCAGAGAGGGAGGAUCUAUGACUUCCAGAUGGCAACGAGCCUGUAAUCCCUUUGGGAAGAAUUAGGGACUCAUCAGUGUGGCAGAGCCUGGCAAGGGGAGCAAAGCGAGGCACCUCCGGCUGCGGAGCCCAGCACAGCUUCAGCCGAGAGGCCCGCGGCAUCCCAAUGCCGGCCCCGCUGGGUGCCCUGCCCCAAGCUGCCUCGCUGGGUCUCGUGGCAUCCCGUUGCUGCCGGGAGCCGGUCCCUCAGCACUGAACUCUCUCUGAUCUUAACUGAUUGCAUGUUCUCCGACCGGACCCCGUCUGGGUCCUGCUCCUCCCGACGCUGAAAGGGACUUCUGCUGCUGACAGAGACACGUCUUCCUUCCUUUUUUUUAUGUCCCGUGGGAUUUUAAAGCAUCUUUUUUGCUGGAUUUCACCGCCUCUCCGAGCAUGUUUUGAGGAUUUACAGGCUUAUUCUCAUGGCUUUAUAAACCUCCGGGAUCCGAGGGCUUCUUCCUUGUGCGCCGCUGCCGCUCCCACCUGUCCGCCAUGGGGCGAGAGCAGGAGCUGAUCCAGGCCGUGAAGAACGGGGACAUACCCGGCGUGCAGAAGCUGGUGGCCAAGAUCAAAGCAUCCAAGAGCAAGCUCCUGGGAUCUGCCAAGCGCCUGAACGUGAACUACCAGGAUGCGGACGGGUUCUCGGCGCUGCACCACGCGGCCCUGGGCGGCAGCCUGGACCUCAUCUCGCUGCUGCUGGAGGCACAGGCCACCGUGGACAUCAAGGACAGCAACGGGAUGCGCCCCUUGCACUACGCGGCCUGGCAGGGGCGCGUGGAGCCGGUGCGGGUGCUGCUGCGCGCUGCUGCCUCUGUCAACAUGGCCUCGCUGGACGGGCAGAUCCCGCUGCACCUCUCGGCGCAGUACGGCCACUACGAGGUGUCGGAGAUGCUGCUGCAGCACCAGUCCAACCCCUGCCUCAUCAACAAAGCGAAGAAAACCCCCCUGGACCUGGCCUGUGAGUUUGGGCGGUUGAAGGUGGCCCAGCUGCUGCUGAACAGCCAUCUGUGCGUCGCCCUGCUGGAGGGACAGUCCAAGGACGCGACCGACCCCAACUACACCACCCCGCUGCACCUAGCAGCCAAGAAUGGGCACAAGGAGAUCAUCAGGCAGCUGCUGAAGGCUGGGAUUGAGAUCAACAAGCAGACGAAGACGGGCACAGCCCUGCACGAAGCUGCGCUCUAUGGCAAAACAGAGGUUGUGCGAUUGCUGCUGGAGGGUGGCGUUGACGUGAACAUCAGGAACACCUACAACCAGACGGCACUGGACAUCGUGAACCAGUUCACCACCUCGCACGCCAGCAAGGACAUCAAGCAGCUGCUGAGAGAGGCAUCAGGAAUCCUGAAGGUCCGAGCUUUGAAGGAUUUUUGGAACCUCCACGAUCCAACUGCUCUCAAUGUCCGGGCAGGAGAUGUCAUCACGGUCCUGGAGCAGCAUCCCGAUGGGCGAUGGAAGGGGCACAUCCACGACACUCAGAAGGGCACCGAUCGCGUCGGGUACUUCCCCCCCUCCAUUGCCGAAGUCAUCAGCAAACGAACAGGCAUGAUCCUCCCCCGCAUGGCACCCACGCACCAGCGCCAGGGCCCCCCCGGGGCCCUCACGGCACCCCCCGGCGGGCUGCAGCACCUCCCCGACGAGUGUCCGCAGCAGGCAGCCCCAAGCAUCCCAGCACCCUAUGGCCACCUCACCCUAACCCGGACGGCCCCGGGCCCUGACAGCUCAGCAGGAGACAGGAACAGCGUGGGCAGCGAGGGCAGCAUCGGCAGCAUCCGCAGUGCCGGCAGCGGCCAGAGCACCGAGGGCACCAACGGGCAGAGCACCAGCAUCCUCAUCGAGAAUGCCAGGCCGCUGCCCUCCACUGGCGACGACCUCCAACAACACCUUUUGGGAUCGGAGCCACGCAAUGGGCAGUUGACUUCCACAGCAGGGCCCCCAGGCCACCAGACCCCUGGCAACUGUCCCCCUGGAGACAGGGUCUUCUCCCACCAGUUCUUGCGGCCUGAGCAGCUCCUGGAGGGGAAGGACGCAGAAGCCAUUUACAACUGGCUGAGGGAAUUCCAGCUUGAGUCGUACACUGCCAACUUCCUCAAUGCUGGCUACGAUGUCCCCACCAUCAGCCGCAUGACCCCCGAGGAUCUGACAGCCAUCGGCGUGACCAAACCAGGCCACAGGAAGAAGAUCUCCACUGAGAUCGGGCAGCUCAGCAUUGCCGAGUGGCUGCCCAACUACAUCCCGGCUGACCUGAUGGAUUGGCUCAGUGCCAUUGGGUUGCCCCAGUACCACAAAAAGCUGGUGAACAAUGGCUACGACUCCAUCACCAUCGUGACAGACCUGACGUGGGAGGAUCUGCAAGAGAUUGGCAUCAACAAACUGGGCCACCAGAAGAAGAUCAUGCUGGCCGUCAAGAAGCUCAGAGACCUCCGCAAAAGCCUCAACCAAGCGGAAGCCACCCUGGCAAGACGCAAAGUCCCCGGUGCCCUGGACAUUGUCACCAUUGAGUCACUGGAGAAUGGGGAAUGCCAGUCCCCACACACUCCCAAAAUGACAACAUUCCAGGACAGCGAGCUCAGCUACGAGCUCCAGACAGCCAUGUCCAACAGCUGCCAUGAGACGCUCAGCAUCAAGAACAGCCAGGGAAUGUCACGGAGCCAGGAGAGCAUCGGGGUGCGGUCCCGGGGUUCAGGGCACUCGCAGGACAAUGUUUUGUCCCGGCACCUCUCCAGCCCCUCGCAGGAGAGCCUGGGCAGCGGGGAGAGCAGCAGCAGCAGCGGGCAGUCCUGCGCGCCACCCCGCAGCAAGGAGAGCCCGGCCAGCCUGCCGGGACGGCCCAGCCCCGAGCCCUUUGGGAAGCUCGUCUCCCCCGAGGGGCUGAACGGCUACACCAACGGCAGCGGGGGCAGCCCUCUCAAGGAGAGGAACCUGCCUGAAGGCACGGAUCAGUACGCCCGGCCAACGGCUCAGAAAGGUGCUGGCCCUGCAGGGCCACCAGCAGUCACCCCUUGUACCCCUCCCCAGACCCCCAGCAAGGCAACGGCCCCGUAUGUCUUCAUGUACCCGCACGUCUCCUUGAAAUCCCCGACGGCCCCUUCCCUCCUGGGGGCCGAGCAGCCCAAGACCCUGGCACACCCCUACCCCUCCUUCCCUUCUGGGCAGAAGAGCAGCCUGCAGACAUCAGCCCAAAAAGCUUUCUCCUACCUGCACAGCCAGUGCAGCCCCACCGAGCCACCCAAGGCUGCCGCGGCCCCGGGCACCUGGCAGGCAGGGGAGCAACACAACGGGGGCGAAGGCUUCAAGUACAAGAAGCGGUCGCACAGCCUGAACCGCUACGCGCUGUCAGAUGGAGAGCAUGAAGAAGAGGAGGGGGUGCCCACCAGCACCCUGGGCUCCUAUGCCACCCUGACGCGGCGGCCGGGCCGCAGCCAGAUGCCGCGGGCCUGCCUGCAGGCGGAGGCCAAGGUGACCCGCAGCCAAUCCUUCGCCAUCCGGGCCAAGCGCAAGGGACCCCCGCCACCGCCUCCCAAGCGUCUCAGUUCCGUCUCCAGCACCCCCGCCACUGAGGUGAACGGCGAGCAGCCCCCCGACCCCAAGCAGCAGUCUCCAGUCCCCCAGGACGUGGCCGAUGCUGGUACCAGCCCCGGUGACACCAGUCGCAGCAGGACAGUGAGGAGCCUGGCAGCUGCACUGGAGGGGACACCUGGGGCAAGCCCACCCAAGCCCCUCCUGGCUCCGAAACCGCUAAAUGUGGCUCAGGACUCUCUCUCCAAGGCCAGUGUGGAUGAUCGGUCCUACGAUGGCGGUGAUACCGGCAGCACUGUGCUUGCUGAUGCUGGCAGGGACGCCUUUGAGGGCAGCAAGCCGCGGAGACGGACAUUGAGUGAGCCCAGCGCUCCCAUGACGGAGGCUGUGCAGGCCGGGCGGGAGGAUGCCUCCUCAGACACAGAGGAGGAGGCCAAGCCUGACGUCUCUUCAUCCUCCCAGAACAGCUCCAGCGAGUGCAUCCCCUUUGCAGAAGAAGGCAACUUAACCAUCAAGCAGCGUCCGAAGCCUUCUGGGCACCCCAAGGCUGACGCUGCAGUGCAGGAUGCAGAGCCCAGUUCCCAGCCUGCAGAGCCCCCGUGCUCUGCUGGGAAGGAGCCGGCAGCACCUGCUGCCACCAAGGAGCCGCCCGUGCUGGAGUUCAACCUCACCGAAUCGGACACGGUGAAGCGCCGGCCCCGCUUCAAGGAGCGGGAGCCGCUGCAGGCUGUGCUGAAGGCAUUCAGCCUGGCAGGGCAGGCGGAGGCGGGCGGUAGCCCCGCGCCCCAGUACGCCCAGGCCCAAGCUGUGAGCAUCGUGGGCCCCACCACGCAGGGGCUGGCACCACGGGCGGGGCUGGCUGGAGACACCUUUGACGAUGACAAUGUGGAGUUCAGGAUUGCCGAGAUAGAGAAGAGCAUCUUGUCACUGGAGAAGGGGAUCAAGAAGACACCGAGCCCCACCAAAGCCCCCAGCCCCACGGAGCUGCUCGGCACUGCCGUGGUGAGGACACCUGCUCCAGGUACGGGGGCUUGGGAGGGUCUCUCUUUGGCAGUGGCAGGGCCUGAGGCUCCCUCCUUCCCCUUCUGGGUCAGGACAGCAUCCCCAGCUGGCCAGGAGGCAAGGACAACCCGUGCCACCACGUGCCACGAGGCUUCUUCCCUUGCAGACGUCCCUGCCAAGCACACCUCAGUGGCGUCCACCAAGCUGGUGUUCUCCGGGCCCAAGACCAUCUACCAGCAGGUCCUGCAGCCCUCCCGCCACACCGUCGCUCCCUGGGCAGCCCCCGAGGCGGUGCCGGAUGUGGUCGGGUCCCUGGCUGCUCCCAGCCCUCUGACACUGGAGGCAAGCAGCAAGGUGUCGGCGAAGCCUUUGGCCAUUGCCCCGGGGGCCGCCCUGGUCCAGCAGCGGCUGGAGCACACCAACUCCACCCUGGCUGCUGCGCUGCAGGCAGCCGAGAAGAAGAUCACAGCGGAGGAGGUGGAGAGCCCCCCCGGGGCCGUGCACUCGGCCAAGAACAUCCUGGAGGACAUCAGCAACAUGUUCGAUGAUCUGGCCGACCAGCUGGAUGCAAUGCUGGACUGAGGCUUGCUCCCUCCUUCCCUUCCCCGCCUCCGGCUGCUCUGCCAGUGCCCGUCGUGAUGGGGGGAGAGCGGAUCCAGCACCGCUUGGUGCCUCCAGGUCUCUCCAGCCGCCUCCCUCCCUGCACUUUGCACCGUGGCCGGGAACGUGGCUGCCCCUCCUCACCCACCCCGUGUCACCGGCCCCAGAGCCACCCGGCUCCGUGUCACACGCUCCGGCACAGCCGCGGGGGUCAGGCGUUUCCCACCAGACUGGCAGCAGGAGAGGAGCCCAGAGGGGCUGCG